AUCGAUAAAAUAGAUAGUGCUCCGAUGUUUUGCCAGCACCAUGCGUUAUCCGAAAUCUCCGUUUGUGGGCAAUCCUGGGCUGGAAGGAGAGAUCCUGAAAGUAAAUACUGCCGGUCUUGCCCCACUCCUUGAAUGGCUGUGCCUGACGCCCCGGGUCACCACGUACAGGGUAAACACGCGUCGCACCUGCGUCGAAGAAUGCAAACGGACGGUUGUGGACAAACUGGCAGCUAUAUACGGCCAAAAGGCUCCAAAGGUAUACGCCCUAAGCAGGCUGACGGAUGUGCUAUGCAUAGACCCAUUGGAUGACGAAAAUAUCCGUCCUGAUCCAGGCCUUAGGGAGGUGAUUGUGGACACCACCUGCGGAGCUGCUCUUCUCCGUGGAGCCCAUAUAUACGCCCCCGGCGUCCUCGCGAUGGAGUCGAACACGCAGGUCAAUGAAAUGGUGAACGUCUUCGCAGAUUUGUCUGGAAAAUGCAAGCGUGGGUCAACCGCGCGCUAUGACAGCUCCCAAAAGAUCUUUGUGGGGCAGGGCAGGACUCUUAUGCAGCGAUACCAGCUUUUCAACAACAGUGACAAGCCCGCAACCGGCGUCGCCGUUGAGAUGCAGUCAAACGUCAGUGGAGUACCUGUACUAGGAGAUCUGAGCAACUCCGAUAUUCUGCUGCAGAACCUGCCCUCCAUUGUAUGCGUCCAUGUAUUGGCUCCGCAACCCGGGGAACGCGUGUUGGAUAUGUGCGCGGCUCCCGGCAACAAAACAUCCCACAUAGCCGAGAUAAUGAACGACGUCGGCUCUGUUGUAGCCUUAGACAGCUCAGCGAGCCGUGUGCGCAACAUGAGACCCAGGUUAUGCAGCUACCAAAGCAUUACGACGCACGUGUUCGAUUCAACAAAGGCAGCAGCCGCAGAUCUCUUACCGACACCCAGUACGCUCUCCGAUCCACCAUUUCCUAGAGCCAGCUUCGAUCGCAUCUUGUUGGACGCCCCUUGCAGUGGCUUGGGCAAUCGGCCCCAGCUGUCUAGCAACAUCAAGAGGCCCAAGAUACUGCAGUCCUAUCCCCAUGUCCAGCGGCGUUUGUUCGCGCAGGCGGUUGAGCUCCUGCGUCCAGACGGUAUUCUCGUAUACAGCACAUGCACCGUCACGGAGGCAGAGUGCGAGUGCAUAGUGGCCUGGGCGUUGAAGAAGUUCCCCGAGCUAAGAUUGGUGGAUGCCACACCACGCUGGGGAGGUUCUGGACUCUCACUUCCCGAUUUGGACGUAUCCAAGUCACGGUUGCUGCAACGCUUCGGACCCGGAACCUUCGACGGAGAUGGUUUCGAAACCGUUGGCUUUUUCAUUGCCAAGUUUCAGAAAGUUGCAUGAGUUGAUUACUUAAUUCAUUUUAUUCGAUUUAUUAUAGUUUCCUACUUAAGCAGCUCCUGCGAUGGGGCUUCUUGAGUUUGAUUUGUAAUAAAUGUCGAUGCUUCUUGUAA